UAUAUCUGCACAAGCAUCCGAAACCAAUAUCACUAUCCUUAACUGCUGCCGUGGUUGGAGCGAAAAAAUUAUUCAUCCAUCAGCUUUAUUGCGUGCAUAAUUACGGGGUGGAGAAACGAGUUGUUUUAGUCUGGAGGUGCGUCCUACUGCAAAUGAGAAAAUCGCGAUUGGAAACGCGCAUCUCUCACGGAGGCUGCGGAAUGUAGUGUCAGAUAAGAUAUGAUAAGUAGUGGUACUGCACGUCAAACACCUUCCUUGUGUCAUAGCCUACAAGCACUGGUUUUUUCGCUGGUGCAUUUUUGAGACUGUUAAGGUGACCAGAACAGGGAUUCAGCAUGACCGCUGGUCUAGAGAAGGCCUGUCAUCGAUGCCUUUCUCAGAUUGCCAGUAAUGCAUUUUUUGUGUUUGGCCUAUUUGCAUUCCUGGCCCUUCCUCUUACUAUGGCUUACGUGGGAGUAAAAACCAUUGAUGACUGUCCAGCACAACCCAUGAUUCCACUCUACCUGCUUGUAGGAGGGAUUGUCGGCAGCUUAAAGGUGAUGCUCCUCCUGUAUGACAUCACCAGGAUGAGGUCCCUCCUCUCCAAGUCUGUCGUCAUUGGUGACGACGACGACGACGAGUACCCGUGGCGGCAAAACGCCUACAAAUACCAAGUGCACUUGGUCCUCAGCGCCUUCCUCUUCAUCUGGUUCAUCCUGGGAAACUACUGGGUGUUCUCCGUCUACGUGCCCAACUUCAUCCCGCCCUUCCACCGGCCACACGAGUUCUGUCGCAAGUCGCUGUACGUGUUUGCUGUGUUCGUGCUGGCACUCAGCCACUCUGUCCUGUUUCUUCUGCUGUGCUGCUCCUUGUGUCUACAUCUUUGCACCCGCACCAGCACCAGGGAAGACUAUGGUGAAGACUGACACAUUGGCAAUGUUCUUACAAUAUUCUUUUUAUUUUAAUUAUGUAUUUUAAUUAUGUAUCCAGAUCCCAUUGAGAUGGAAAGCUCUUUUUGCAAGAGAGCCUUGGCAAACUCUGCUGACAAGAUUCGUUGUUUUUUCUAUAUUUCUCUUUGCUCACUGAGUAACUUUGGUACUACAGUGCAUUGUGGGAUUUGUAGGAAGGUUAAUGCAGCAGAGGGUGGAGCCAAGGCAGGGCAAGGGGGUGAGGACAUCUGCUGCAUACCUGUCUCCACCUUUUGUUUUCAGUUGUUUUUUGGUUCUGUGGUGACCAGUGCAGUGCAGUUUCUCUUCUGCUGCCCACUCACAUCCCUGACCUCCCUUUGUGUCCAAGCCAACAGCUUAAUAUAAUAAAACACCAAAACACAAAUUAACAUAAAUAAUAUCUAGGGGCCAGUACACUGCAAAGCCAUACAUAUUGUAAUAACAGUCAAAGCAGCUAAUGUCCUGUAAUGUCAUAACAAUGUAAUGACACUGUUAAUAUUUUUUCUACCUUAGUAAGGGCUUUAAAGAUAAUAAUUGAUUGCUAUGAUCAAAGCACAACAUUGCAUUAUAUGGCAUGACAGAGCAUAAAAAUUUCUGAAUCUCAGCAUCCUUUGAAGUGUUACCAUAUUGAAGAAAUUGUGUUCCUUGUACUUAGUUAUUACUGUAUAAGGCAGUGGUCCUGAACCUAUUGACUGAGAUGGGCCUUACCUCCUCUCAAGACAAAAUAUAGGCCUAUUUUCAUAAAACAAAGAACAUACAUCACAUAUUUUAGAACAGUACUUACAUCACCCUUGGUAUUUCAUAUUUGAGCACCACUAGCAGUUAUUUCACCCUGUAGCAGUCGAUCAAAUGGGUGAAAUCUCACAGCUAACUGGACUACAAGCUAAGGACCACAGCUCUUUUAUUUUAAUAAAAGAAUACAAAACACAUAGCAAUUGCAUAACUUCCUUUAUCCACACAAUAUCCUUUCUCUUUGGUAUGACAUUAUUGCAUGUAAAGGUUUUUACCUGUGCUGGAUGAUUUGUAUACCAAUAUAUUGAUGUUUUAUGUUGUAAUGAGGGGCAUACUUUAUUGCACUCAUUUGGUUGUUAGAAAUAAAACAGCACCGAGACUUACCAGCGGUGCUUUUUAACAUUUUUAUUGGGGUUUAUUUUCUUUGUGGUGCAAUUUUGCCACUGAAUGAUAUGCAAAUAUGUUUAAGGCCAACUGCAUGGGACCUAAUUGUAAAUGUAUGUUAAAAUAAUGGUUACUCUGACCUGAAGGGACUUGCUUAUUGGUGUUUUUUCAUUAUUUUAAUAAAGUAUUUGGUUUAGUUGGUACAAAUGAUCUUACAUGGAUUCUUGAGAAAAUCUUGUUCUCUUCAUGUUAAUAUCCUUUACUCAGCAUGCAUUCUUUGUGAAAUAUUAGAAUUUAGAUAUUCAGCAUUUUAUUAUUUUAUUACUUGAAGUGUCUUGCUUAGUGUUUCAGCAGGCUACCAAUUUGUAUUUAUUUAUUUUAAGUAAUGCAUGUAAUUGUAGCAUUAUGGAAAUGUGUUUGCAUCUGAAUUAUAACAGGAGCAAUGUAUUUGCAAAUACCAAAAUAAAUCAUGUAAAAACGUACAUUGUAUUGUGCAAAAGCAUGUAUGACACGUGAGUUCAGACUGCAUUUAAAGUGUAGAUUAACCUCCCUGGGAAUCUUAACAUGGCAAGAUAACAAUAAAAGAUAAGUCAUCCCCAGCAUCUUGUACAAA